AUGUCGCAACUACUACUACCGGGUGAUCUUAUCAAAGGUAAUGAAACUUCCGAUGAAGAAAUUUCAGCUGGACCAGGCGUGUACUGCGAUCCUGUUACACAAGAACUAGUAGCUACACAUGCCGGAAUAGAAGUUGUUACUGAAACCAAAAAAGGACAUGCAGUUUACGUGAACUAUAACUCUAGAAGAUAUAUUCCAGCAGUGGGUGACCUCGUUGUUGGUGUAAUAACAGGUUCUUUUGGUGAUAGUUACAGAGUAUCACUAUCAAACUUUUCAAAUCCAGUAUCGCUUUCUUUCAUGGCAUUCCCUAAUGCAUCUAAAAAGAACAGACCAACUUUGAAAGUAGGUGAUUUAUGCUAUGCCAGGGUCUGUAGUGCUUAUAAAGAGCUUGAAGCCGAAAUAGAAUGCAUGGACUCUACAAAAGGUCAAGAUGCCGGGUUUGGUUUAUUAGAUGGAGGAAUGAUAGUAGAAACAACAUUAGCAUAUGCCAGAGAACUACUAUUCAAUGAAUCUUAUCCACUUCUAAACAUUUUAGGAAAAUUAGUGGAGUUUGAAGUUGCUAUCGGAGUCAAUGGUAUAGUUUGGAUUAAAACGGAUGAAGUCAAAACUACUUUAGCAUGUUACAGGGCUAUCUUGGCAUGUCAGGAUAUUCCACCUAAUCAAUUUGACAAAACAAUUAAACAGAUAUUUAACGAUACACUAAAAUCAUCAGAUUAA